AUGGCUUCAGACAGGCCGCACCUCGCGCAACUGACUUCUGAGCUCUACUUCCUAAUCGCCCGCUUUCUCGAAGCCGGACCCUGCCAUGAAGCAGCCGAGACGCUGAUAAGGGAGGUGGAGGAUAAGGAGCUGCUGCCCAAGAGGCUAGAUUGGACCGGGCAAGAACACCCCGGGACGUAUGACGAUCUGGUGAAGCUGUACCGCCACAUCAGUCCUGAGCAUCUGCUGCACGUGUGCUCCAGGGUUUGUCCUCUGCUGGAGCGGGAUGUCCCAGCCAGCGUGCCAGGACUAACUAGCCUGCUAGGAGCGGGUCGGCAAAAUCUCCUCCGUACAAGCAAAAGUUGCAAGCAUUUUGUAUGGAAGGGUUCAGCGCUGGCAGCGCUUCACUGCGGGAGACCGCCAGAGCCUCCUAUCAUCUAUGGAAGCCCAGCAAACAUUGUGGAAACAAGCCAUGGUCGGCGGCUAAACGGAUCUUACCGCUUGCGCCAGCUGGUGCCAACUGCAGUUUAUCAGCAUAUGAAGAUGCAUAAGAGGAUCCUGGGACACCUUUCCUCAGUGUACUGCGUCACAUUCGACAGGACUGGACGUCGCAUAUUCACAGGAUCUGACGACUGUUUGGUAAAGAUCUGGAGCACUGACAGCGGAUGUCUGCUAGCAACCUUGCGCGGGCAUGCUGCUGAGAUCUCCGACAUGGCAGUCAGCCAUGAGAACACGAUGAUCGCCGCCGGAUCGUGCGACAAGACAAUCCGCGUUUGGUGCUUGCAGACGUGCGCUCCCCUAGCCGUGCUGGAGGGUCACGCAGCGUCCAUUACUUCGCUACAGUUUUCUCCUCUUUGCAGUGGCUCUAAGCGUUACCUGUCCUCCACGGGUGCUGACGGCACCAUCUGUUUCUGGCAAUGGGAUGCACGCACACUCAAGUUCGGUCAGAGGCCAAGUAAGUUCACUGAGCGUUCCAGACCUGGCGUCCAGAUGAUGUGUUCCUCCUUUAGUGCAGGCGGAAUGUUCCUGGCGACAGGAAGCACAGAUCACAUCAUCAGAGUCUACUACUUUGGUUCAGGACAGCCAGAGAAGAUCUCGGAACUGGAGUCUCAUACGGACAAAGUGGACAGCAUCCAGUUCUCACACUGCAGUGACCGGUUCGUGAGCGGCAGCAGGGAUGGCACAGCGCGAAUCUGGCAACUGCAGCCUCAAGGCUGGAAGAGCAUCCUGCUUGACAUGCAGACCAAAUUACCUGGAAAGUACAACCCGCCACCAUUAGAAGACAAGGUGACCAAGCUGAAGGUAACCAUGGUGGCAUGGGACCGCCACGACAGGACAGUAAUAACAGCAGCCAACAACUUGACCCUGAAAGUGUGGAAUUCCAUUAGCGGGAACCUGGAUCACGUCCUUAUGGGGCAUGAAGACGAGGUCUUCGUCCUGGAGCCUCACCCCUUCGACCCGCGCAUCCUCUUUUCAGCGGGUCACGAUGGCAAUUGUAUCGUGUGGGACUUGGCCAGAGGGGUCAAGAUCCGCUCUUACUUCAACAUGAUUGAGGGUCAGGGGCACGGAGCGUUGUUUGACUGCAAAUGUAGCCCAGACGGUCAACAUUUUGCUGCCACCGACUCUCAUGGUCAUCUACUCAUUUUUGGCUUUGGUUCCAGCAGCAAGUACGACAAGAUCGCCGACCAGAUGUUCUUCCACACUGACUACCGGCCUCUAAUCCGUGACGCCAACAACUAUGUGCUGGACGAGCAGACUCAGCAGGCGCCUCACCUGAUGCCACCCCCUUUCCUAGUGGACGUGGACGGCAACCCGCAUCCGCCCCGAUACCAGCGGCUAGUACCCGGCCGAGAGAGCUGCCGUGACGAGCAGCUUAUCCCGCAGAUGGGAAUUACUUCCUCCGGCUUGAAUCAAGUGGUCAGCGAACAGGCGGUGGAUGGCCCCAGUCCUCUGGACACAAUGAUCCAAAGACUACAGCAGGAACAAGACCAGAGGUUGGGCUCCAAUGAGACACCUGCAGCUACUGUGCCAGCUGCUGCUACUGCUGCUGCUGUUAAUGCCAGCUCACGAGUCAGCAGAGCAUCUGUAGGGUCCCCAACAGAGGUGCCUUCACCGCCCAACGUGGGCCUUCGUCGCAGUGGGCAGAUUGAGGGCGUGCGGCAAAUGCACAGCAACGCCCCACGCAGUCAGAUGGCCACGGAGGGAGACCUUGUGGCGUGGAGCCGCCGGGUGCUGGUGCCCGAGCUGGAGGACGCCUCUGUUAGGAAACAGGUGAACUGGCGGGAAGCCAAAGGGGAGGAGGAGAUAAAUAUUUACCAGUCAGAACGCAGGAGACGCACCAUCCAUUCCCUACCAAAAGAGAGCAGAGUUCAUCCAACUUCGGAGUGUAUGGCUGACGAGGUGAGACGGAGUCAAGGUAACCACGGUUACCAGACCCGGGCGGCCGUGGAGGAGACGAGCCGGCAGAGCGCUGAGGCAGCUGAUGACGAUGACAGUAUCUCAGAGGGUGAGACAGAGGUACGGCAGAUCAAUGGACACUCGUCAGAAGAGGAGAAGGAUGAAGAGCAAAAAGAGCCAUGGCCUGAUGAUCACAGCAGUUCAAGUGAUUAUUCCAGCGAUUAUUCUGACUGGACAGCUGACGCGGGCAUCAACUUGGAGCCGCCGAAGAAAAGUGUGAAAGUGAAGAAGAAGAGCAGCAGCUCAGAAGAGGACGGCGACAAGAAGCGGGACACUAAAAAAGAACGCAAGAAGGACAAAGCCGACAAGGACGGCGCUCUACCAAAGAAGAAAAAGCCAAAAGAGAAGAGGAAGAGAGCAGAGUUUCAGGAGCAAGGACUGAGUUUAGAGGAGUGGCUUCCCUCUUCCUGGAUCACGGACCUGCUUCCCAGGAGAUGUCCUUAUAUUCCACAGAUGGGAGAUGAGGUUUAUUACUUCCGUCAGGGCCACGAGGCAUAUGUGGAGAUGGCCAAGCAAAAGAAGAUUUACAGCAUCAACCCAAAGAAGCAACCUUGGCAUAAGAUGGAGCUUCGGGAGCAAGAACUGAUGAAGAUUGUAGGGAUAAAGUAUGAGGUCGGCUUGCCUGCGUUAUGUUGCCUCAAGCUGGCCUUCCUUGACCCAGACACUGGAAAACUGACUGGAGGAUCCUUCUCCAUGAAGUACCACGACAUGCCAGAUGUCAUCGAUUUUCUGGUGCUACGGCAGCAGUUUGACAAUGCCAGGAAGAGACAGUGGACUAUCGGUGACAGAUUUCGCUCGGUCAUUGACGACGCCUGGUGGUUUGGCACCAUUGAGAGUCACGAGCCGUAUCAGCAGCAGUACCCCGACAGUCUGUUUCUCUGCUACAAUGUCUGCUGGGAUAAUGGCGACACAGAGAAGAUGAGUCCAUGGGAUAUGGAGCUCAUUCCUGACGAAGCGUCGUUCCCAGACGAGCUGGGCACCAGCGUUCCGCUCACAGAGGAGGAGCAUCGUGAGCUUCUAUACGUGCCUCUGGAUGGCGAAUGGGGAUGCCGCACGCGUGCCGACGAAUGCGAGCGCAUCAUCAAAGCCAUCGACCAACUCUGUACUUUGGACAUUGCGGCGCCGUUUGCUUUCCCGGUGGACCUUCAAGCGUACCCCACCUACUGCACAGUGGUGGCUUACGUCACGGACCUCAGCACCAUACGCCAAAGGCUGGUCAACCGCUUUUACAGACGACUGUCGUCUCUGAUGUGGGAAGUUCGUUACGUGGAGCACAAUGCUCAAACGUUUAAUGAGCCGGGCUCCUUUAUCGUCACCACUGCCAAGUUUGUCUCCGACCUCAUGCUGCAGUUCAUUAAGGACCAAAGUGCGUCAGACCUAAUGCCACUCUACAAAACUCUGAAGAAGGCCACCUUCUCUGACUCUGAAGAUGAGGAUGAGGAAGAGGACGAUGAGGACACGAGUACACCAGGAACCUCCACACAAAACCACAAGGAGCGGCGUCCAACCCGGCGACACUUGCGCACGCGGCCGCCCUCGUACGACCCUCAAGCGUGGCGAGGACGCUGCAAGGAGCUUUUGGACCUCAUUUUUCAAUGUGAGGACUCAGAACCUUUUAGAGAACCCGUGGACCUGCAGGAGUACCCGGAUUACCUCCAGAUCGUAGAUUCGCCAAUGGACUUUGGCACCGUCCUCAACACACUAACUGCAGACAAAUACCAGACGCCCAUCCAGCUCUCCAAGGACGUGCGACUCAUCUUUAGUAAUUCCAAAGCGUACACACCCAGUAAGAAAUCCCGGAUCUAUAGCAUGAGUUUGAGGCUGUCUGCCCUCUUUGAGGAGCAUAUGAGCUCCAUCCUGGCCGACUACAAGGCCAUCCACGGCCUGACGGAUAAGUUGACGCGACGGACCGCCGAGCGCCAGACCCGUAACUCCACCCCUGAGCAGCGACCCACACGGCACAACGUCAAGAGGCGGCGGCGCAGCGAAUCUCCCUCCAGCAGCACAGCGUCAAGCCCGGAAAGGAAGAGGCGCGUCUCAUCCAGGGUGAUGAGUAGACGAGAGCCGACACCGCCUCCUUCACGGCCCCCGUCCCUAAGGCAGAACCUCACCCCAAAGAACACGCCUCCGCUGCUCAACGGAAAGACCGACACACCGGGUGUCGGACGCACGCGCAGCGCAGCAAGACAUUAUGCACACUCGCCACCCUCGUCAGCUUCUGUGCCCAAUGCCAGCCCUGCAGAGUCGACACGCUCACUGAGAACUCAAAGUGUUGUCUCCGCCUCCACGCCACCCGCAGCAGCUGAGAAGACGAAACCCUCCCCGGCUGUGGAAGGUGGUGCAGCUGGAAGCACUCGGCGGAAACUGAGGACACCUGUGAGAAGAUCAGGAUCUCCUGAAAGCCCGAUCACCCAGAACACGGCUCACCUGAAUGGACACAGUAGUCUCUUGAACGCCGGGGUGGGAAGGAAAGGCCGGAAAUCUCGAACAGAGCCACCUCCGAGUCCUCCGAUGGACCCGGCGACUCCGGGCAGCCCCUCCAGGAGGCGCGGUCGUCCUCCGGGGAAGAAGCAAAGCAAGAAGAGCAAAGAGGAGCCCGCCAGCCCGGCUCUCGAUGACGAACUCGACCAAUCCACCGGCGACGAAGGCGCCGUGUCAGCGCCGGACUCUGGCACGCCGAAGAAGAGAGGUCGACCCCGGUCGCUUAGAACUGAGGAGGUAACACCUCCACCCCCGCCUCCUCCCCCUCUUCCGCCUUCUCCUCCAGCACCUUCGGAGAUGCCUGAACCUUCUCCCCUGAGGAGGAGCAGCCGGCGAGCGCACGACGACGUCACGGCUACGCCACGGACAUUAAGAGCCACUCGGCCGGAUGGGUCGGCGGACCAUCACGAGGGUGAGGAGGAGGUGGACGACGGGGCAGGAGGCUCCAUGCGCACCCGUAAUCAGGGGCGACGCUCGGCCUGGUACGUAGAGGACGACUCGGAGGAGGAACAGAGGCAGUUGCUCUUUGAGGACUCCUCCAUUACCUUCGGAACCUCUUCUAAGGGACGUGUACGCAAACUGACGGAGAAGGCUAAGGCCAAUCUGAUUGGCUGGUAG